CUGAGAGAACGCGGCCGGCACCGUCUGUCCGACGCGGUGCUGGUCGCGCAGGGACGGCGGCCAGGCCGAGGCCUACAGUGCAGCCUACAACGCUGAGCGCCACCCGCCAGAAGGCAGCCGGCAGGGCGGCGAAGACAGCAGCGGCCCCCAUGGAGGCCGGGAACGCGGAGGGACGUGGAGGAGGAAGCGGAGACCUGAGGCGUCCCAGUGUAACAGCCGGGCGGCAAGGGGACAGGUAAGAGGCUGUAAAUGGCAGGCAGGCCGUUCCCCUGGUGGCAGGGGGGGGCCCCGGCAACAGAGACACAGCAGGAACGGCCAUGGCGGUGGCCGGGUCUAACAGCAUGGGGGCGGCCGACGGGCCCACCCAGCUGGGGCAGCAGAGGCAGGCCACGUCUGUGGCGGAAGGGAAAUCUGGCUGUCAGGGACAGCACUGGGAAUCCCCUGCGGACAGGGCGGCCCAUCGAGGGCUAGGUUCACUGCAUGGGGCUCAGUCACAAGGGUCAGCGUUGUGUACAGAGGAAAGUGGGGUUAGGCAUGGACGGGAGGGCCGCAGGGGCAGCUCCCAGGGGCGGCAAGACUGUAGAAGCCACCCCAGGCCGGAAGACAGCAGGGAACGGUGCAGAGAUAGCGUAAGGCAUGAUAGGGCAUGGAGCACCAGAGAGAGGAGCCCGUCUGCAAGCAGGUGCAGUAGGCGGAGAUCAGUCUGCAGGGAAAGGAGAAGGAGGGACCGGCGCAGCGCUUCUUGGUCCUCAGACAGGAGUUCACAAGGACAGCGGUGUAACACAUAUGGCCAGGAGGGCCAGGCUGCUAGGUGGGACAGGCUAAGGGAGGAUGAAUUGGAGCGUAGGGAGGAAGGGCGGGUAGGUGGACACACGAACAGACUACCCAGGUGUUCUACUCCUUACAGGUCGCGGAACGCUACACCUACGAUCCCGAGACGGGAUCAGACUGGAAGGAGACGGCGUCUCUUGGAUACUCCGGAGCCGUAUGCGGCAGACGGACGGAAAGCGACUUCGCGGCCGGGGGCUCUGGCGGUGAGUCAACUGGUGCACCACACUCAGAAACACUGUUGAGCUGCUUGAAAUCGUUCUUAGAUUCAUGGACGAGUGGGGAGGUUUCGUCACCGCAGUUCGUGAGGGUAUGGGUCCAAGAGAAGGGUCUCGGAUCGACAGAUAGAGCAGUCGGAGCGGUGAGUGGCGUUAACUACGACUGAGACGGUAGGGGGGCCGGGCGAAAGAAUGGACUUAUGUGGCGAGAUUCCAGACGCGGCGCGGCAAAAUGUACACGUUUCUUUUGCGGGCCCUUUGGGUUGUCAUCUAAAAACAGAGGUUAAAGACAAGAUUUUGAAGGGGGAGUUUGUAGAGGUUUUUUCCCUUCUUCCCCUAGAAGAGUUCCUUGAUUUAAAAGAGGAGGACAAAAGGGAUGCAAAAAAGGAGGAAGAAGAGAAAUUUUUUUAGGUAUCGUAAGAUCCCUAAAACAUUUGGGAACUGACUCAGGGCUUUUUGUAUUCUGGCCAGCGUUAUAGGGGAGAAAUACCAUGACCGCUGCUCACAACUUUUUUGUUAUCUGGACGGGAUAGGGGACAUGUACGGGGGAAUAGCGUGGUGGAAAUACGAUGAGCCAUUCCGCCAACGGUUAGCAGCGAAUCCUAGAAUGAGGUGGGACCAAAUGGACUUACCUCUAUGUAUGAAGCUGAUGAUGGCGCAGAAGGCUGCGCCCUUUCAGGGGGUGGCCGGUGCAGUACCUGGAGAAACAGAGCCAGCCGGGCAAAAGAAGAGGUUUUUCUGGCUCUUCAAUGAAGGCCAAUGCAAAUGGGGGACGUCGUGCAGAUUCAAACACGAAUGUUCCAGUUGCGGCGGCGCCCAUGGAGCUAACAGGUGCUUCAAGAGAGGUAAGCCGGCUUCCGGAGUGGUUGCCAGCGGGGCUGCGGCCCCCGCCACUGCCGCUGGGGGCAACCCCGGUGAAGGUAGGCGAGAUGCUACUGUGGCUAAAGUGAUACGCUCACCGCAAGUUUUUGAGGAAAGGCUUUACAGUGGGGUUUACUAUUCCAUUUAAGGGGAAGGGACAGGGGAAAUUAUGUGCGAACCUCAAAUCCGUGCGGGAACAUCCAGGGGUGGUUCGGGAGAAAUUGCUGAAAGAGGUACAGCAGGGUAGGAUGGCGGGGCCUUAUGUGGCUCCGCUGCUGCCAGACUUGAGGGUGUCCCCACUUGGGGUAGUCUCCAAGAAAGAACCAGGCAAAUUCCGUUUGAUACAUCAUUUGUCUUACCCAAAAGGGCAUCCGUCAAUGAUGACAUUGACGCGCCCUAAGCUCUGUCUCAUAUGCAUCAUUCGACCAAGCGGUCGAGUUGGUUCGAAAAGCAGGGCGGGGGCGUUAAUGGCGAAAGUUGACGUGGAAGCGGCUUUUAGACUGCUUCUUAUUUACCCAUUUAUUGGGGUGUUUUUUCAAAGGGGGGUUUUUCGUAGACCUAUGUUUGCCCAUGGGCUGUGCUAUUUCCUGUUCUUAUUUUGAAAAGUUCUGCACAUUUUUAGAGUGGGUGGUGCGUCAGGAGUCAGCCGGGGGUGCAGUGGUGCACUACUUGGACGAUUUCUUGUGCGUGGGUCCAGAGGGCUCCGACCUCUGCAGCCAGAUACUGCAGGUUUUGCAGUGGGUUGCACAAGCAUUUGGGAUUCCGUUGGCUGGGGAUAAGACCGUGGGCCCGACCGAGUGCCUGAGCUUCCUGGGGUUGGAAAUCAACUCGGAGAAAGGGGAAUGUCGGUUACCCACGGAUAAGCUGAUGGCACUCCGCCAACGGGUGGGAGAAGUGAGGGGUUCAAGGAAAGUGACCCUGCGGGGACUGCAGUCCCUGCUGGGGAGCCUGAACUUCGCAUGUAAGGUGAUCCCUAUGGGUAGGGUUUUUUGUAGGCAGCUAGCUCGAGCUACUUGUUAUCGGGUCAUUACAUCAGGGUAUCAGUGGAUAUGAGGGCUGACUUGGACGUUUGGAACCGUUUUUUGCAGGAGUUUAAUGGUCGGGUGUUUUUUUAGGGACCCGGCGGCAACGUCGGAUGACAUCAGGAGUGUGGGUUUCGGAGCAUACCUGGGGGGUAAAUGGUGCGCCGAGGAGUGGCCUGAGUCAUGGAAGGAAAGCCCACUAAUCAGGAAUUUGGCAUUCUUGGAAUUUUUCUCAGUGGUAGUGGCAGUGGCGCUGUGGGGCAGGGAACUCGCGAACAGAAAGGUGAUUUUUCACUCCGAUAAUAUGGCGGUGGUCCAGGCAAUUAAUAGUAUCUUGGCCUCGUCGUUCCCCGUAGUUCGGUUAUUGAGACACCUAGUUCUCUUCUCUUCUGUAUGUCAUGGAAUAUUGUUUUUAGGGCUAGGCAUGUACCGGGCUUGUUGAAUGUUGUUGCUGAUGCACUGUCUCGUUCAGAGUGGGAGCGUUCUCGGGAGGCAGCGCCAGGCGUACAGGAAACGGGACAGGCAUGCCCGGAAGAAAUAUGGCAGCUCGGGACAUCGUGCUUGGGGAUUUUAUAAGGAGCUCACUAGCACCAGGCACCUGGGCAGCGUACACCAAGGUUUGGAAUUAAUUGGAGGAGUUAGUAGGGCAGACAGGAGUGGGGAACUCCGCGGCAGGUAGGUUGGACGCGCUAUUAUGGUUGCUGUGCCGGUUAUUAGCGGGUGGGGCCUCACCCUCCAGGGUAGACCGUUAUAUGUCGGCGUUGGCGUUUUGGUUUAAGCUUAAUGGAUGGGAAGAUCUUACCAAGAAUUUUUUAGUGAAACAAGCCUUGCGAGGCUUCCGAAAGGGGAAGAAGGCUGUAGACACAAGGAGGCCGGUGUCGUUUGCCGUCCUGCAAGGGCUCUUGGGAGUUUUGAACGAUAUGUGAACAUCAUCAUUCGAACUGGUCUUGUUUUCCGUAGCUUUUGUUUGGGCCUUCUGCGGGGCGUUCCGCAUCGGUGAAUUAGUCAGCGCCAACAAGUCAGGAAUAAACGGGCUCAGGUUCGAGGAUGUGGUUGUUGAACAGGACAGGGUCGAGAUUCAAUUGAGACGCUCCAAGACGGAUGUUUUCGGGAGAGGUAAGAAGGUAGUCCUGUUCUCAUUGCCAGGGUCAGAUGUCUGCCCAGUGGCGUGUGGGACCAAGUUCCUAAACAUUCGCCUGGGAGUCACGGGACGUUUUUUAGUCCAUGAGGAUGGCUUUGCGCUGUCACGUUUUCAAUUUGUCCAGGUAUUCCGCAUGGGGCUACAAAAGUUGGGCCCCCAACCCAUGCAAUUCGGAACACAUUCGUUUCGCAUAGAGGCGGCAACGGAGGCGGCUCGACUGGGAUUGGGGGACGAACGGAUUAAACAGAUAGGAAGGUGGGAGUCCAUUCGGUUCCGUUCGUACGUGCAGCCAGACAGGUUGGCGUAACAGGGGCUGUGGGAAGGCUGGGGUUGUUAUUGCUCUGCUGGGUAACUGAUUUUGUUUCUUUUCAGGUCUGGUCACUUGGUGGGUCACUCAUACGUUUACUGUGCACAGAAGAGGGCAGAACGGAACACAGCUGGGUUUUCUUUUGGAAACGAUGGAGUUAAAGUGGUUUGGAUUUCGUGGUUUUAGCUGGCAGAGCAUUAGUGGAGAGAUUUUCAGUAGGAUUUUGGGGGGGCCUGCCCGGACAUAGUACUAAUUCACAGUUGGGGUAAUGAUUUGGGUUUGGUUCCCCAAAGGGAACUGAUUAGGAGGAUGAAGCGGGAGUUGGAUCGGCUACGGGAGCUGGUUCCGGCGUGGUGGUAGUAUGGUCAGAGAUGGUGCCACGAUUUAACUGGAGACACGCCAGGGUGAAAAGUGAAUAAAGCCAUCUCAGUUUUUGUCCAGACGUUAGACAGGGUCCCGGUGCGGCAUUGGGAAUUAGAAGGCAUGCUGCCUGG